UAUCAAUACAGUUACUUUCAGCCGUUGGAUCAUUCAUCUACCAUCGUCACAGUCACAGAUCUUCGUCGCCGUUAUCUCUCUCUCGCGUUCUCGUAUAUUCCCUUCCUCUCUCUCUCUCACCGAGCCGGCAAGCCGUUCUCUCGGUGAUUCCAAAGAUGAUGAUGAAGAUGGGAGGUAACAUCAGCAACCAAGCGCUACUGUCUCAGAACUCGUUGAAUUAGCGAUUCUGUUCAUCAAAUAAAGUUCUUCUUCUUCGUCGUCGUGUUUACUUGUCAUCUGUAAAUGGGCUGUUUUCAUUCCACUGCUGCGAGAGAGUUCCCUGGACAUGAGAACCCUGUGAAGCUUGCCUCUGAAACAGCUUUUAGUGUGAGUGAGGUUGAAGCAUUGUACGAGUUAUUCAAGAGCAUAAGCAGCUCAGUUGUUGACGAUGGCUUGAUCAACAAGGAAGAGUUUCAACUUGCUCUGUUCAAAAACAAAAAGAAGGAAAACUUGUUUGCGAAUAGGAUAUUUGAUUUGUUUGAUGUUAAACGAAAAGGUGUAAUUGAUUUUGGAGACUUUGUAAGAUCACUCAAUGUUUUCCAUCCUAAUGCUUCUCUAGAGGAGAAAACAGACUUUACCUUUAGGCUAUACGACAUGGACUGCACUGGCUUCAUUGAACGCCAAGAGGUGAAGCAAAUGUUGAUUGCCCUUCUAUGCGAAUCUGAAAUGAAACUAGCUGAUGAUACCAUAGAAGUGAUACUUGAUCAGACAUUUGAAGAUGCAGACGUGGAUCGAGAUGGAAAGAUUGGUAAAACAGAAUGGAGUGAUUUCGUAAUCAAAAACCCAUCGUUGCUUAAGAUCAUGACUCUUCCAUAUCUGAGAGACAUAACGACCACGUUUCCAAGUUUUGUCUUUAACUCGGAAGUGGAUGAGAUUGCGACGUGACGAAACAAGUUGGGUUUAAAUAGACCAAAUUGUAGGCUGGACCAAGAACACGACCGAUUGUAACAGUGUUAUGUAGUACCACUUUCUUGAUUUUUUUCCUUAAUUGGGUUCAAUGUCAAUGAAUUGGAUUCCACGUGGUUGUUUUUAUCAAAAUUUUAAUAUAUCGAGUUGUAGUUCUACGAAAAAAACUAAUACAAAAGCUCAUUUC